AUGUCUGCGACCGUCGGCGAGCCCGCCGCAAAACCUACGGCCACAAGCCCCGCUGCUACCGCUGCGACGGCGACGGUGCCCAAGUCGCUGGGCAUGAGGAAGAAUGGCAAACAAUGGCACGCUCCCAAAAAGGCCUUCCGGCCAGCGUCGGGCCUUACCUCGUACGAGAAACGCGCAAAAGAACGUGUUGCGCUGGCGGCGAUGAAGGCCAAAGAGAAGGAGAUGAAGGAUGAGAAGGAGGCCGAGAGACAGAGGCGGAUCACCCAGAUCAAGGACAAGCGCGCGGCUAAGGAGGAGAGGGAGAGGUACGAGAAGCUGGCGGCCAAGAUGCACAAGAAACGCGUCGAGAGGCUUAAGAGGAAGGAGAAGAGGAACAAGCUCCUCAACUCCUGA